UUCAGUGGUGAUUAUCCAUUUACUGUUAUGGUAGCUCUCUAUUCCAGAUUUUUAUCGAAUUCAAAUUUCACAGCCAUAGUGACAAUAACACGUACGUCCCCAGAAUAUUGUCCUGUGAUACUCGUUUGGGGUUCUGAAUUGCUAUUUCAGUGACAACACUUCUAGGCCACCACCUCCCUGUUUGUACAGAGCAAGCUCCCACAAGUAGCAUCACGGUUAUGUCUAGAUAAUUUUUUUUGUGAUGAGUUUGAAAAUUAGAUAUUGAACGACCUCCCCAGAUCACUCCCCUGCUGCACUUGCAGAUAGGGUCGGGGGAUCCUUUACACCCAUCUGAAAAAACAAAUGCAGCAUCAGUUUAAUAUCUAAUCCAAUGACAGCACUUCUCACAGUGCAACUGACUGCAAUGUCGUGAAAGGUUUUGUGCUCAAGACCUUGAGUGGAACGUUAACACACAAUCUUUUAAUUUGGAGGUGAAAGUGAAACUAACUGAACCAGGGCUGAUAAGAGUAUUGGGUGGGACAGACUUAUUUCCUUUGAAUAAAAAACUAAGGAGCUAGAAGUUUCAAAAUGAGUCAAGGUGAAAGUGUAAUAAAUGCAGAUACAUAUGCUGUAUGUUUACUAAAUCCCGUAUUUUCUGCGUUGUGUUUGCGCACAGUGUCAACCAAGGACAGAUGGACAGUGAAGUACAAAGAGAUGGCAGAAUUCUGGACCUUAUUGAUGAUGCAUGGCGUGAGGACAAACUGCCAUAUGAAGAUGUGGAAAUACCACUAAGUGAACUUCCAGAACCUGAACAGGAUAAUGGAGGAACAACUGAAUCUAUUAACGAACAAGAUAUGAAAUGGACUGAUUUAGCCUUACAAAACCUGCAUGAAAAUACCCCUUCUGCAGGAAGCUAACUUUGGAAGACAUCAUUACAAACAUAGGCUUAUUUAUGUAUUGCCAUAUUCUUUUUGUGCAGAUGCAUUGCUGUCAGAGAGUUUGCUCUCAAAUGAAGAUGUACUGUAAGCCAUUGGGUCUAUAUCAUCGCCAACGUAACAUGUCUGAACUAAAACUUGACAAACACAUUCAGUUUGCCCGUGAAGAAGUAUAUGUAUAAUCAGCAAUCUGUACUAGAGGAUGCUUUUAUCAAUAUAUGCACAGUGUCACGUGAAUGUAAAUAUGGACUACGAAGUGUCCACUUGUUUCAUUUGCUUUUAAUACCUGAGAUUUUCAUAGACUAAAAUUGGCUUAAAAAGACAACCACUAACCUAAGUUAGCUACACUAAUCAUCUGCCCACAGAUUGAGGCAAGUUCAGAAAACCACAUGAACUAAACAAAAGCGCUUGAACUGAAAUUACCUUUUAAUUUAGAGACAUCAAAUCAAUUGAUAGAAUCAGGCUUCAACAAACUGGCAUUUUUUUUUAGUUUACACCGCACAUAAAUUGGAAUUGAAAGGAUUAUCUGCAGAUGUCCAGCUUAGAAAAACAAAGUAGGCAGAAUUGGGAAUACAGAUUAGCAUAGCAGCAGACAGAAAGAAUAAUUGAUUGUCAGCAGCAAAAACAGGAAGUCUGAUUCCCUCUUCCUCAUCAUGAAAAUAAUAUUAGGUGAGACAGUAAGCUAGAGAAACAACCAUUUGUUGAGAACUUUAAGAUAGUUUCAAAUUUCACUACCUCAGGAUAUCAUUUGCCAGGUAAACAAUGGUGGUGUCAGGUCAACACCUCCAGGAUUCUUAAGAAUUUAAACUAGCUUUUUUUAUUCUUGUCUUUACCAGAUACCCUUUACAUUUUAAACUUGUGUAUAUGUGUUUGAUUUUGCAUUUUAUUAUUUUUCUUAGUAGGCAAUAACAUUUCCUUCAAGAAAAUUUUGUAACUGACUCCCUAAUUUUCUCAGUAGUUGUAUGUUUUACUUCAGGUGUGAUAAAUAUGUGCUAAAAAGAAUACAUGUUUGUUGCGAUUGGCCGAGAAAGUGUUAAAGAGAAAGGAACCAAACACCACUACUUGUCUGGUCAUAUCAAAAGGCCCUUUAUAGUUUCCAAGUGAUCAUUUUUAAGAAAAUCUGUACAGAGGUUAUAGUGGACAGGAAGAAAAAGGGAGGAUUGGAAUUCUCAGAGACACAGGAAACAGUAGCUGGCUGGGCCUCAGUCCUCUCAAAACAUGCUAUGGCUGCUGUAAGGCAGGCCACUAUCUUUAACAGAACUAAGCAGGAUUACAGAAAUCUGAAAUGUCUUGUACCUUUGUUGAAUCGCUGAGCAGUCAGUGACUGGUUCCUUGAUAACUGCUGUUAUUAAUGCAGUGUCAGGUAGUGUUUGGGCUUGUGCACUAUAUUUAAGUCAAGGGAGUAUUAGAUUAAAGAGCAUUGAGAACACUAUUCUGUAUGUAGCUGAAAGAAUACCAAUGUUGAGGUGUUUGAUAGUGGUACUUAAUGAGACAGUCUAGAACCAAAGGGCAUAGUUUCAGAAUAAAGGGACACGAAUUUAAGACUGACAUCAGAAGGAAUUGAUUCUCUAUGGGUUGAGUCUUUGGAACUCCUUGCCACAGAGAGCUCUGGGGGCAGAGUCUUACAUAUUUAAGGGUGAGAUAGGUUCUUGAUCAAAAUAAAAACCAAAAGAACUGCGGAUGCUGUAAAUCAGAAACAGAUACAGAAAUUGUUGGAAAAGCUUAGCAGGUCUGGCAGCAUCUGUGGAGAGAAAUCAGAGUUAACAUUUUGGGUCGAGUGACCAUUUCUUAGAACUUUUGAUUCUAGAUCGUUUGGGAAACAAGGGUUGUGGGAAAAGUCACAAAGGUGGAUGUGAGAAAUGUUGGAUCAGCCAUGAUCUAUUGAAUAGUGGAGCAGGCUCAAGGGGAUGAACAGCCUUCUCCUGUUCCUAUUUCAUGAUCUUAUUGAAGCAAAAUAAAUAUUCACACAGCU